UGUUUUUAUAUAAAAACUGAGAAAUGUAGAUGACUAGAUGGAGGAUAAAUCGUUCAGUUCUGGGAGAAGUUCAGUUAAGAAAAUGGCAAACUCAUUCUCCUUAGUUUUAAAUCGCGUUUGUCGACCAACAACUUUAAAUUUUUGCAUUCGUUCAUUGUGUCUAUUCCUCGUCGGGGUAUCGAUAUCUUGUGUUUUAAAUGUUAUGUUGAUUUUACCCGAGUUACGACGUAAAGUUGUGUAUGAAAGAGACCUUUUGGAGAAACUUUAUGCAACAAUGUGUUGGUUUGCGCCGUCGUGUGGCCUUGCAUCAACAUUAAUUGGAUUGUUGUACCCAUGUAUUGACUCACGUUUGGGAAAGCCACAUCAUCUUCGAACUGAAUGGUCUAGUGUUGUUCGUUGCGGUGCUGUAUUCGUAGGAAUUAUCCAUGCCGUUGUUAAAUUGCGAUUUCAAAGUGACAUUCACUUGUUUAUCACUGUUGCUGCUUUUUCUGUUUUGCUGUGGUGGUAUUUCGACCGAUCAAAAAAUGGUUUCGGUCUUGCACUUUUUGUAGCAAUUUUUGCAACAAUAGGUGUGUGGUUUCUAGGCUCUAACAGUGUGCACAGUUUAUUUUUCAGUGAAAAAAUGGCAUUGGUUAAUCAGUUAUGGGUUCCUUGUUUGUUUUUUUCUGGUGGAAUCACAGUUGGUAAAAUUGGCAGACAAUUAGCAAUGCUUGAGUAUGUACCAGCAGUGAAACUUCAUGCGGACUGAGACGUUAGCAUAGUAAAUUACCUGUAAAUAGCACAUAGUUUGUUCAUAUUAUUACAGUCAAUUUCAGUUAGUUUUACCAUAAUGAUAGGAGGUUCGUUUUUAAACUUCAAAUCUUUGUCACAGAGCUUAGGUUCUCAAAUUCAAAGUUCGUAAACUACUUCGAUCCGACGAGUUCAAUUUGAUUAGGUAGUUUGUGAUCUUGGUAACUGACGAACUUUUGGAACGAGAGUUUAAAAUAACGAACUUCCAACAUUACACGGGAAACUAAUCUGAAAGUGACUGUAAUCACAAUCUUAUAUAAAUGUACAGUAUUUAGUCAUCUUCAAUGCACAAAAAUUUUAGAAAUUAGGGGUCGAAAAUAUUGAAAUGAUAGCUUCGGACGACUCGGGUGUAUGAAAUGAGCAAACAUGUUUCUAUGUUCAGUGACGUCAAAAACCGAAAUCCCACCAGAAACACCAUUUGUUUUUUUAAAUUGUCCACCGAAAGAAUCUUAAAAACAUUCACACCAAAAUUUUUGCGGGAAUUUACCGAGUUUGGAUUAUAUAGUGCAACGUAUGUCUCAGUCUCUCAGAAUUAACUUUUUUUAAACGCCGCAUUGUGGGCACGUCACGAAAAUGGAUUGCUGGACUAUCCUGAAAUACUGUCGUGUCUCUUGAAUACAUUCAAAUACAUUGUGUGUUUUAAGAGAACUGUGACUGUGAUGCACAAGUCUAGCAAAAUAAGGGAGAAUACUCGCACAAAGUUAUGUAUUUAGUUUAUGUAUUAGUAUAUUGAAGUAUUUGCUUGAAAAGCGGAAAAAAUUGAGACAACCGCCAUGCAUGAAAUCUCCAAAUCUCGAGGCAGUCUUCUCGUUGAACCAUCGAACAUGUAGUUUUACAAAAACUUUGGAAUGAGAGGCUCGUUGUUGGCAAUACGCCAUGCAUGGGAUAAAGAGAUUUCAAAAUGUUUAGAAUUAUUCUGCUUAAAAGGACUUUCACAUUACCAUUUUACUUCAGAGAAAACGUGGCUGGACCGCGUGUGCGAUCUCGAGUGUUUCUGGAUGAUGUGAAAGUAACUCGUAUAUUACAUUAUUGUACUGAAAUAUCAAACAUUAAAUUACAUGCAAUUGCAUUGUAUUAUUUUCCAUUUUGCCAAAUUAUAUUUACUGAAUUACUAUC